AUGGACGCAGCUGCUACUGUUCAGCUGGUCUCCGGCGGAAUCAAUUCACUGAAACGGACCACGAGGCGGCACCGUCUCACCUCAAUUAGUUAUCAGCAGCGGAAUCAACGAUUAUGGCGGGGAAUUAAUACGCGCAGCGGCGUCGUGCGAGCAAUCGCGACUGAGCCAAGGCCGGCUGGUACAACUAAGCCGUCCGAUUCUAAAGCUUCGACUUCUUCGCCGCCGAAUUCCGUUAAUGGAUAUAAAUCAUCUGCGGCCUCGUCGUCCAGGAAAGUUAACGGUAACGGCAACGGAAGCUACACUAGAAUGCAAGAAGUUUCUGACGAGAUCAAACGAGUGAGGGCACAAAUGGAGGAAAACGAGCAACUGUCAGUGUUAAUGAGAGGGCUUCGAGGUCAAAAUUUGAAGGAUUCAUUGUUUGCUGAUGACAAUAUCAAGCUCAAACUGGUCGAGGUAGACGAAAGCAGUGAGGGAUUACCUUUGGUGUAUAAUCCUGCUAGCAUCUCUGCAUAUUGGGGAAAACGACCAAGAGCUGUAGCGACAAGAAUUGUCCAGUUGCUAUCUGUAGCUGGAGGUUUUCUAUCUCGUAUAGCUGCGGAUAUAAUACAGGACAAGGUCAAGGAGAAUGAAGUCGCUCGAGCUAUUGAGCUAAGAGAGAUUGUGACCUCUUUGGGACCUGCAUACAUAAAGCUUGGACAGGCAUUGAGCAUCCGGCCAGAUGUAUUAUCCCCUGCUGCAAUGGUUGAGCUUCAAAAGCUUUGUGACAAGGUUCCAUCGUUUCCCGAUGACGUCGCAAUGGCACUUUUAGAGGAGGAGCUUGGACAGCCUUGGUAUAACAUAUAUUCUGAACUUUCUUCAUCUCCAAUUGCUGCUGCAUCUCUUGGACAAGUGUACAAAGGCCGGCUUAAAGAGAAUGGGGAUCGGGUUGCUGUAAAAGUACAGAGGCCUUUUGUUCUUGAAACUGUUACUGUUGAUUUAUUUAUUAUCAGAAAUUUGGGCUUGGUUCUUCGAAAAUUUCCCCAGAUAUCUGUUGAUGUGGUAGGAUUAGUUGAUGAAUGGGCUGCACGUUUUUUUGAAGAACUGGAUUAUGUUAAUGAGGGAGAAAAUGGAACGAUAUUUGCUGAGAUGAUGAAGAAGGAUCUUCCGCAGGUGGUUGUGCCUAAGACAUACCAAAAGUAUACAUCGAGAAAGGUUCUUACCACACAAUGGAUUGACGGAGAGAAGCUUUCGCAAAGUACGGCAAGUGAUGUUGGGGAACUGGUUAAUGUGGGGGUGAUAUGUUACCUUAAGCAGUUGCUUGAUACUGGUUUCUUCCAUGCUGAUCCUCAUCCAGGAAAUCUGAUUCGUACUCCAGAUGGGAAAUUAGCAAUACUUGAUUUUGGCUUAGUUACAAAGCUUAAAGAUGAUCAAAAGUAUGGUAUGAUAGAAGCUAUAGCUCACCUUAUUCAUCGAGACUAUUCUGCUAUUGUCAAAGACUUCGUCAAACUUGAGUUCAUUCCAGAAGGUGUAAAUUUGGAACCUAUCUUACCUGUGCUGGCGAAGGUCUUUGAUCAGGCAUUGGAGGGUGGUGGAGCAAAAAAUAUUAAUUUUCAGGAGCUGGCUUCAGAUUUGGCCCAAAUUACAUUUGAUUAUCCAUUUAGAAUUCCCCCUUAUUUUGCUCUUAUUAUUAGAGCAAUAGGUGUGCUGGAGGGCAUAGCUUUGGUGGGAAAUCCAGAAUUCGCCAUUGUUGAUGAAGCUUACCCAUACAUAGCACAGAGGCUCCUGACUGAUGAAUCUCCACGUCUACGGAGUGCUUUACGCUACACAAUAUAUGGGAAAUCUGGUGUUUUCGAUGCUGAACGAUUCAUUGAUGUCAUGCAAGCCUUCGAGAAUUUCAUUACAGCGGCUAAAAGUGGUGGAGGAGAGAGUUUAAGUGGGAGAAUGGCAGAACUUGGUGUUCUACAAACUCAAACUAGCUAUAUGCUACCUGGAAUUCCAGCUAGAAUCGCUCAAUCUCAGCAGCCAGUUCAAACUAGAGCUGCGCUAGCAUUUUUGCUGUCUGACAAGGGCAACUUUUUCCGAGAAUUUCUCUUAGAUGAGAUUGUGAAAGGAAUUGAUGCAGUUACAAGGGAACAGUUGGUGCGGAUAAUGGCAAUCAUUGGCUUUCCAAAUGUAUCUCCCACGUUUAGCAUGGUUCCUAAUCUGGGGCCUUUUAAGCCAGCUGCACUUCUACCAACUAUAACUGAGGAAGACAAGGUCAUAUUAAACAAUGUCGAAAAAAUUAUUGGAUUCUUAACUGCUGGAAGUAUAGCAUCAUCCAAUAAGGGUGUGGAUGUUCCUCGAGUUAUCCAGGAGCUACUUCCUAUCUUACCGGGUCUCUCUGCCACAGUUCUCCCUGAGGUACUUAGUAGGCUAUCCUCAAGGGUUAUGGCACGAAUAAUUCGAGAUACACUUUUGUGA